CUGUUUACCAUUUAUUUACGGAAUAAACUAAAUCAUUUCCUUUUUGGUUCCUCCACCGAGUCUCCUAGUUCGUCACCACCACCACCACUACCACCACCACUUUAACCAUUACAUAACCAAUUACUGCUUCUACUAUUACUGCUACUACUAGUCAACGAGGGAUUUUUCGACUUUGCUAGAAAUAGCAGCCAAGUUUCUCAUGAAUAACACACACCUUUCUGUGUUGCAUGAAAAGGGAAAGCAUACAGAGGGGCAACCUAUGAUAAGAUGGUCGUGGUUGGAUUGCCUUUGAACAGUGCUGACCCGCGACUAAGCAUCAGCAGCCACUACUAACACUGCUACCACCACCGCUACCGCCACCACCACCAUCACUAACCACUGUCACCACUACUACUACUAUCACUAUUCACAAGUUCUUGUAGUGUUUAUUAUUAUACGAUGUAUGUAUGUAUGAAGUAACAACUGUAAACACGUCGCUUGCUCUGACGGCUUUUUCCCUUCUUACCUGACCAUGGAGCAAGGCGAUGAUAACACCACAGAAGUGUUUGAUGUAUUACCCGCUAUACCUGAUACAUAUCUCGAUGAACAUGAUUAUGGACCCAAAGUUCCAUACCAGCGUAUUCACCAGAAAGCUACCAGCUUUUCUGAGAAAAACCAUUUCAAUGUCUGGAUUACUGGUGUGACAGUCAGUGUGAAAGUGUCUCUUGACAAACGACCGAGUCACAGGAUUAAUUCAAACCUAUAUAAAGUUGAUUUGGUACAUGAAGAACACCAUUGGACAAUUUAUCGACGCUAUAAACAUUUCCGCAGUCUUCAUGAACAACUCAUGUUGUUCUUGGCUGGACUUCGGCUUCCGGUCCCAACAAAGCAACAUCGGGAGAAGAAGAAGUCUUUCCGUGGUGAGAAAUCCACACUACCAAGAUUUCCUUUAAUUCCAGACCAGUUUAUUCGAGAAGAAAACAUUCCUUUACGAACAAAACAACUGGAAGAAUAUCUUCAAUGUGCUCUGAAAUGCCGAAUGUACAGAAAUCAUAUAGAAAUGCUAAAAUUCUUAGAAAUCAGCCGCCUGUCUUUUAUUAAAGAACUUGGUUGUAAAAGGAAAGAGGGUAUGGUAAUGAAAUCUCCCGGAGGUCGGUCUACAAGUUGUCUGAAUUGUAAGAACAUGUUCCAACUUGGCAGAACUUGGCAUAAAAGAUGGUUCAUCAUAAAAGACACAUUUCUUACCUUCCUCCGUCCACACGAUGGUGCUGUCCGAGAUGUAAUUUUACUCGAUUCAGAUUUUGAUAUAAAAUCUGGUUAUUUUGAAACUGGUGUACCUCAUGGAAUUCUGAUAAAAAAUUCUUGCCGAGAACUGCUGUUUAGUUGCUGGACACAUCGAAAACAGGUGGAAUGGUCUGAUCAGAUUAAAAUGAUUGCUGAUGGAACUGGUAAAGAAUACACUGAAGAGAAACGGUUUAAUUCUUUUGCACCAAUUCGAACUGACGCCCAUGGAACCUGGUUUGUUGAUGGAGAUCUUUAUUUUGAGUCUGUGGCAGAUGUUUUAGAGGCAGCAACUGAGGAGAUAUUUAUCACUGAUUGGUGGUUGAGUCCAGAAUUAUAUUUGAAGCGUUCUGGUGCAGAUUUCAAUCAAUGGCGUUUAGAUGUGGUUCUUAAACGGAAAGCAGAAUGUGGAGUGAAAGUAUUUAUAUUGCUGUACAAAGAGAUAGCCCUGGCCCUUGGCAUCAACAGUUAUUAUAGUAAGAGGACACUGAUGAGUCUCCACCAUGAAAAUAUCAAGGUGUUAAGACAUCCCGAUCAUGUACCUGGUGGAGUAUAUCUAUGGGCGCAUCAUGAAAAACUGGUUGUUGUUGACCAGAAAAGUGCUUUCUUAGGUGGCUUUGAUCUCUGCUAUGGUCGGUGGGACUGUCAGAACCACAGGCUUGAUGAUCUUGGUUCCAUAGUCAAUGCCAAAGACGACCAGAAUUUGUCAAUAGUUGUAGAAAAUAAAGAUGAAAAUUCCUCACAGGAAAAUACGUCAUCGACUUCCUUGUUGACGAAUUCUUUAGAAAAUGAAGCCACUGUUAGCAGUAGCAGCAGGAAAGAGGAAGACCCUGUGACUGUCAUAGCCCAGCUGCAACCCGGUUAUGGGGAAGAUACUGUUGAUAGUGCUGAUCAGGAACCUUCCGAAACAAUAUCCUUGCCUUUCAUUGACAUUGGUACGUGUUCUGCUGCGACAACAGUAGAAAACAAGAAACCAGUGGAAAUACAUGGUUCUGGAGAUGCCAAGAAGGGAGCAGUGAGGGGAGCCCACAAACAUGACCAUUUAUGGAAAGAAACAUCAGUGAACAAGAUCGUCUCCAACCAUGACCAAAAGUCAGCAUUUGGUCGCAGUGUAUCGAUGAAAACAAAUUUUCUAAAUGACACUGUCGAUAAAGGAGGAGAUGCUCGCAAAUACAUGAGACACGUCUCUCUGAUGGACUAUCCAAGCAAAGAUUUAUAUGAGAACAUUCUGGAACGAUACAACUGUUUAGAGAAAACACAACUGAUCUCAUCCGCAAGAGAUUCUGAAUCCCAAAGUGGGAAUUAUGACUCUAUUGGACACACUAAUUUCUCAGGCAGUACACAAGUUGACAAGUCAUUGAAUGCACGUCGACGGUGGAGACGAUACAGAAAUGUUGUCAAGCUGAUUACAGUAGAGAAUGUCAAUGUGACAGUGAAAAACAUUCCUGGUUUAGACGAGAUGUCGUCAAAUAUGAAACCGUCAACACCAAAGUCAAAAAGACGAUUUAUGCCAAGCUACAUAUCAGAUCGGCUGCCUGCGAAACAAGAAUCUACAGAAACUAAAGAGAGCUCCAAUGAUGAUUCCAUAUCAGAGUCUCCACCAGCUUCACUCCACGGUGCUUCUAAACUAUGGAUUGGUAAAGACUACUGUAACUUUAUCUUCAAAGAUUUUGUUGACCUCGAAGCACCUUUUGAAGAUAUGAUUGACCGCACUAAGACACCGCGGAUGCCCUGGCAUGAUAUUGGAAUAGCUGUCUAUGGCAGCGCCGCACAGGAUGUUGCACGCCACUUUAUCCAACGUUGGAAUAUGAUCAAAGUGAAAAAAGUCAGAGAUGAUGAGCAGUAUCCAUUUCUAUUUCCUAAAAUUAUUCCCAACCUGAGCAAUCCUGCCACUGCUGGCAAACUGAAGAUUCAGAUUUUACGUAGUGUCGGACAGUGGUCAGCUGGUAACGUGAAGUGUGAAAACUCUAUACAACAAGCUUACGUCAAAAGUAUCAAGAAUGCAAAGCACUUCAUUUACAUUGAGAACCAGUUCUUUAUAUCCAAAGUUGCCACUGACAAUAUUGUGUUAAACAAAAUUAACAAAGCCUUAUUUGAACGGAUUCUUAAGGCCCACAGGAAGAAGGAAACUUUCCGUGUGUAUAUAGUUAUGCCAUUGCUGCCUGCCUUUGAAGGGGAGAUUGGGACCAAGAAAGGGACUGCAAUCCAAGCCAUUACACACUGGAACUAUGCUUCUAUCUGCAGAGGGAACGAGUCACUUCUAACGCGACUCAAACAAGAGGGAGUGACAGAUCCAUUUAACUAUGUGACCUUCUAUGGUCUACGGAAUCAUGGAGAACUUUUAGAAAAACUUACAACAGAAUUGGUUUAUGUACAUAGCAAGAUGAUGAUUGUCGACGAUGACACAACAAUAAUUGGAUCUGCAAACAUCAAUGACCGCAGUAUGCUGGGGGACCGUGACAGUGAAAUGGCUGUCAUAAUCCAAGACCUGGAGACUGUCCCUGUCCAGUUCAAUGGCAAAGACCAUAAAGCUGGACAUUUCUCAUCCUCACUGAGAAAAACAGUUUUCAAGGAACAUUUGGGCCUCGAAGAUGAUGAGCUUCUGGUGGAUCCUGUCUGUGAUGCUUUCUAUAAAGAAAUUUGGAUCCAACAAGCUAGCUUCAACACAACUAUUUAUGAAAAGGUUUUUAAUUGUAUUCCAAAUGAUGGAAUCUUAACUUUUGAUGAACUCAAGAAAUACAACAAAAAAUCAACUCUUGCAGAAGAUAAUCCAGGCAAAGCAAGAGAAAUGCUAAAGAACGUACACGGUCAUCUUGUUUUGAUACCACUUUACUUCUUGUCUAAUGAAAAUUUGACGCCACCUCCUGGAGCCAAAGAAGCUCUUUUACCAACAGUUUUAUGGACAUGACACAAUUCAUCAAGAGAAUUAGUUUCUAUAAAUAAUGGCUGUGAAUUAUUAUUAUUUUUAUUAUUAUUGUUAUUAUAGAUGUUUUUGAUCUAGUUUGGAUUCUUUGCUAUCAAAUUUGAAUCCUUUGCAAUCAAAUUUCUAUUUUUCAAUUGGUGCUCAAGCCUUGAGAAAAGAAAGAGUUAAACUACAUCAGCCGUAAGGGAAUACAUGUCUAUCUUAUCUAACUCGUCCAGCAGAGCCCACCAAUUGAUAUCUGAAAAGUUCGAUGAAAUAACUCAUGAACACUGCGAUAGCUUCUACCAAAAGAUGCUCCGUUACGUCGAACCAUCUGGACAAGGAGAGAUAAUAAACGAAUGAUUCCUUUUCUAUUGUUUGCGUAUGUUUGAACAGUUCAUUCAGGAUAAUUUGUACAUUUUUACAAACUGCAACUUCUUUUGCAAGAAAUAUCAGUUAGGAAAAUUUAAAAACCCUUAUCUCAGGAUAGCUAAUAAACCUGGUCCGAUUUAAAUCAACAAUUGUUGAUCAUAACUUUUAAUCAAUAAGGGUUAUUUCACCCCUCCCCAAAAUUGCAUAAAAUUGCUUUAAAGCGUGGGUUUAUGCUACAUCCUCCCUCCCCCCGUGGUAUGUCUUUUAACUUGACUGUCUAUUGUACAUGGCAUGCACGUGUCUUAGAUGACACAUGGAUGCAUUCAGGCAGAUCGUUAUAUCAGGAUUAGUAAUGAGCUCAUUUUUUCCUUUAUGCCUACGUAUGGGGAAUUGCUAUUAGUAAUGUUUGUUCCAUCUUGAGCCAUGCCUGGCUCAUAAGGGCUGGUUUCCUUGGCGUAUAGGUUCCUCACCUGAAUGGGAUGCCAGUCCAUCGCAGGUGAGCUGCAAAUUGAACAAUAUUUUAACAAAAAAAGUGACUUCAUGAAACGGUUAUAAAGAGCUUACUAUUCAAGUUUAUCCAACUCAAGUUUGUUGUCCCAAGCUUGGGGUUAGAUGGAAGUUCGAGUAGCAGUGGGCUCUACUGGACGAGUUAGGUAAGAUAGACAUGUAUUCACUUAUGGCUGAUGUGGUUUAACUCCUUUUUUUCUCAAGGCUUGAGCACCAAUUGAAAAACUCAAAUUUGAUUGCAAAGAAUUCAAAUUUGAUGGCAAAGAAUCCAAACUAGAUCGAAAACAUCUAUAUUCUCUCUUUUAUAUCAUACUACUUCAUUGGUUUUCAUUUUCUUUUAUUCUGAUUUAAUGUCUCAUAUAGUAACAAUGUGGGUUAAAGAUAUUUUUCUUGCUUUAGACUUUAUUCCAUUUUCCAUUUUUCUUUUUUCUUUUUUUUGUUCUUCCACAUCAAGAAUUGUAAUAUUAGCUAUGUAAAAAGAAAAAUGGGGAACCAAGUUUUGGUUGAAUGAAAUUCCACAACCUUUUCAAUGUAUAUAUAUAUAAAUAUAUCAGUAUCAUCAUUAUUGUAACACACACACAUACACACACACACACACACAUUACAAAGAUAUAUUUUUGUAUUCAGUCAUUGCAUUAUCCAGCUUGUACGUAACGAAACUUCAUCAUGACACUUGUUACUGAACAAAUUUAAAGCAAUAUGUGGAUUUUAACAUUCCAGUACAAAGUACAGAGUGUUCUAAAAGAUAGUAAUUCAUUGAAAAAUAAUACGUUAUGAUAUUAGGAGAAUACUGAAGGUCCCUCCUCACCCAUCCAUUUGUCCCCUACCUUAAAGGAGGAUUUAAAUUCACUGAUGGAAAGUAAUUAAAAUAAAAACACUUUUCUGUUUUAUCGUUUUCUUGCA